GACGUUGCCACUGUAUACUGUGUGCGUAAGUAUAGGCUAACAGUUGAAGCUUAACCGUAAGAAGUGCAAGGCUUGUUUGUCCAUUGUUCUUGCCAGUUCAAGCACUUUUCCUUCACCUCCUUCACCGUCCUCCUUGUGCGGUCUCAGGAUGCCGCGCCCUCGCCCCCUACCAGGAACCGAAGGGCGGGUAAAGAUCUGGACCUCCUCUCUAACACUGAUUUGGGUAGCGGCGGCCGCGACACUCUUGGUGGCAACGAAGGGUAUACACAGCGAAAUAAUUCAUCCUUACACCUCAUCGGAGUGUACAUGGACAGAGACCUCUUUCACCUGCAAACUCCUAUCAGGCAAAGCGUACGAAGUGCUUAAGUUUGACUGGAUGAACUUCACCAAAGCAGAAAUUUACGGGAAGGGGAACAGCAUUAUCCUGCAGCAUCCUAAGUGCAGCAAAAAGAGCAGGGAGCUGCACAUCUACAACGCGUCACGAGUGGUCACCGAGAAACGUGAAGACGACUGCGGGAUUAUACUCAUUCUUAACAACUGCAAAGGCGUCAACGUUAUUGGCGGCGUGACCCAGGUGCGGAUGAUCUCUUCCCAGGCAGAGAAGGUGAUCCUUCCAAGAGUGACUCAGUUUGAUCUUGAAGACUCUACCGUCGAGGAAGUAUCUUUGACUGUUUACGAAAAAAAGUCGACUUUAGUUAAUUCAACAAUUGAACAGGUGACUUCGUUGGAGAUUGACGGUGACUUUCACUUCGAGAUGACAGACUGCACCCUAGGUUACGUUAAAAGUUUCAUAUACAAAAACAACUAUAAGAAUCCUCUGAUACAGAAGCUGACAGUCGGCCGUGUGUACCCCGAUGGCAUCCGAGUUUUAAGAGGCAGCCUGAAACUUGAAGUUAUGAUUGAUGUAGUAGAGUCACUCGGUAUACAGGUGCUGAGUGGAGCAAGCCUCUACUUGCAAUUCGGAAAUAUGCACACUUUUUACGAUGACUCCAUUGAAAUAAUGUCAGAGACCAAUUUAUUGAUACACAAGGUGACGUUCGGAAACCAUCCUAAUAUCUCUUUCACUUUUAAAGACGCUUCCUUCCUGGUGUACCCACUGUCAUUCUUGAAGGGUCCCUGGGUGGCGCCCAUGGGGUGGAUCGCCAUCGGUGUGGCUGUCGGUCUCGUGGUGGGCUGCGUGGCAACCGCAGCUCUGACGUACUUCGUCAACAAAAAGUUCUUUUCCCGGAAAAGCCUGGAUACCGAUAUACUACUCACCAAAGAACAUUUCCCACCGCAGGUAGAGAAGAACACAUAUUCACUCUGCAACAAGCAAGACUCACAAAAGGCUAUGCCAGCUCCGCCCAACCGCCCCCUACUGAAUGUGCCCCAUGGAACGAGUCCGGAUGAGUAUUAUGACGAAGUACUGUCAGAUUUGCCAUCCGCUCCUGCCGAAACGGCUCCUCAGCCAGGAGUAGCGCCAAGGCCUUCAUGUGCCUUACCAAAAAAAUCCCAAUCAAGUAAGCCCUCGCUGUCUCUCAGCAUCAAAGACAGAUUUCGCGAUAAAUCAAACUUUCUCCCGCCAGUAAUGAAGCACAGUAAACAAGAUUCCCGCGAUGCACUGCCGCCACCGCCGCCACCACUUGAAGAAGUCUACGACGACCCAGGGGACAUGAGCCCACAGUUUCACGCCCCAUCGCCACCCACCGUCAACAGACCUCAGAUGCCAGUACCACUCCCGUCACCAGAUAAGGGCGAAGACCUGUAUGACGAACUGGAGGACAUCAGCGUACGGCCUCCACCACCGCCACCCAGUGCCAACAAACCUAUACUCGGCAAAGGGAAGCCAGCACCGCCACCACCCUUACGCAAACCCAUUAAACGAUAAAUGUGUGUGUGUGUGUGUGUGUGUGUGUGUGUGUGUGUGUGUGUGUGUGUGUGUGUGUCCCUGCUCAUCUACACCUCUAAUCUGAAGGACAGAUGAAGGAAGACAUUCACAAACAUACAGGAAUUAAGAUUCUUAGAGUCUGUCUCAGACUUCUGUUAGGACUUGUAUUUAUUCUAAGAGUUAUUUAAGCUUUGGCUGAGACAACCUCCCAGUAUAAAACGGUGAAAGAGCAAAACACUAAAAUCUUAACUUUUGUAUUUUGUAAGGAUAUGAACGCAUACACCUACGUAUGUAUAUUAGUGAGUUUAUUAUACCCGGCGCUAGGCACGUGUAUUUUGUCUCAGUGGUUGCGUCUCUGCGUCAGAGUUGUCCCACUACUCACACUCAGCAGCGCUUCCUUUCAUGAAUUUAUUUCUUCUUUAGAAUGGAGAUGAUGAUCCCUAAGAACCAAAAAGGCCAAUACAGAAAACCCAGCUGGACCUCUGGCGAGACUUUCCUUCCUCGAACAGUCAGUAUUAUGAGAAAAGACGUAGCCCGAAAGGAUUCACUUAUUCAGUGGCACAAAAACCUCCAUGGCACUAAGAAGAUAAAUAAGAAAUUAAUGAGACACACCAAAAAUAGGACAUAGGAAGACCCUAUGUCACUAUCGCUGCACAGCUACAUGUCCCAAUGGCUAAAAAACCCUAAUUAUUACUUUAACACACACACACACACACACACACACACACACACACACAGCGUGGUCCUCCUCCCUGAACCUCACACAACGACAACAGCUGGAGAGGGUUCAGAGGAGGGCGUUCAGGGUCAUCCUUGGGCCUGC